AUGGAGAUUGGAAGGGCCCACAUCUCGCCGGAGGAACGCCUCCGUAGCAAAGUUCGGGGCUUUGCCUCUAUUGUGGUCAGCCCGGCCAUUUCCGUUACUCCUAUCCAGUUCGGCCAAAAGAGAGGGCUCGCCAGUGAGAGUGGGGACGCUGGCGCAGAUGCUAAUUUCCUGGACGCCACCUUCGUCACACGAACCGGCAUUGCGACCCAGCCCUUAGAGGUACCCAUGACCACCCAUGCACUGGAUGGAAGAGCCCUCAGCCAAGUAACACACAUCACCGAACCCCUACAACUCUUGGCUUCGGGUAACCACCGUGAAACCAUUCAAUUCCACGUCAUUCCCUCACCUAAUUCUCCCAUUGUAUUAGGUCAGCCCUGGUUCCAUGUCCACAACCCCCACAUCGAUUGGGCCACAGGGAGAGUGCUGAGCUGGAGUUCACACUGCCAUUCCGCUUGCCUGAAAUCUGCUCCUGCGCCUGCAGAGGUCGCCAUCCCCUCAGCGGUCGCCGAACCUCCUAACCUUGCCACUAUUCCUCCAAUGUACCACGACCUGGGAGAAGCAUUUAGUAAACAGCGCGCACUCUCACUGCCCCCUCAUCGCCCUUAUGAUUGCGGAAUCGACCUGCUUCCUGGAGCCGCCAUACCUUCCCGUCGCCUGUUCAACCUGUCCCGAUCUGAGAGGAAGGCGAUGGAGACUUAUAUUCACGACUCCCUCGCUGCAGGGAUUAUAAGACCAUCACCUUCCCCAGUUGGUGCAGGGUUUUUUUUCAUCAAUAAGAAGGACCAAUCCCUGCGCCCCUGCAUCGAUUACCGAGAGCUCAACAACAUUACAGUAAAAAACAAAUAUUCUCUGCCGUUAAUGAAUUCUGUUUUUGAACCCCUCCAGGAAGUACUCCAAUGCCUGCUCGAAAACAAAUUGUUCCUGAAGGCGGAAAAGUAUGAAUUUCACAUAACUUCUGUGAGCUUCCUGGGGUACGUCAUCGAGAGUGGACGGGUCCGGACGGACCCGGAGAAGAUUCGUGCCGUAGCCAAAUGGCCCAAACCCUCCUCCCAGAAGCAGCUCCAACGAUUCCUGGGGUUCGCAAACUUUUACCGGCGGUUCAUCCAAGACUACAGCCGGGUGGCAGUGCCCCUUACCCACCUUACUUCAUCCACCAUCCCCUUCGCCUGGACCCCGGAAACCGACACCACUUUUGGGGAUCUCAAGAGGCGAUUCACCUCAGCACCAGUCCUGGUCCACCCUGACUCUCCCCGCCAGUUUGUGGUUGAAGUGGACGCCUCGGAAACCGGAGUUGGAGCUGUGCUGUCCCAGAGGUCGGUAAAGGAUCAAAAAUUACACCCCUGUGCCUUCUCUCGCAGGUUAUCUCCAGCCGAACGCAACUAUGACGUCGGGAAUCGGGAGCUACUCUCUGUCAAACUGGCCCUGGAGGAAUGGAGGCACUGGCUGGAGGGAGCUGAACAACCCUUUGUCGUCUGGACCGACCAUAAGAAUCUAGCGUACAUUCAGACGGCGAAGAGCAGCCCCGCCGAACCAGACACCAUCCUUCCCCCAUCAUGUAUAGUGGCAGCUGUCACCUGGGAGAUCGAGUCGGUGAUUAAGAAAGCCCAGCAGAGCCAACCCGACCCCCGAACCAGACUUGACCGCUGUUUGUUUGUGCCAGAUUCUGUUCGUUCCCAGGUCCUGCAGUGGGUCCACUCCUCCAAGCUCGCCUGUCACCCGGGGAUCAACCGCACCCUGUUCCUUCUGAGACGUAAUUUCUGGUGGGAAUCCAUGGGGGCGGAUGCCCGGUCCUUCGUCCUCGCCUGUACGGUGUGUGCGUGCAGCAAGACCUCGCACCAGCCUCCUGCCGGUCUCCUCCACCCUCUACCCAUCCCGGGCCGACCUUGGAGCCACAUCGGGGUUGAUUUCGUUACUGGAUUGCCACCAUCCGAAGGUAACAUGGUCAUUCUAACCAUCGUUGACCGAUUUUCCAAGGCGGUACAUUUCGUGCCCCUCCCCACUGCAGCGGAGACCGCAGACCUCCUCGUGCAUCACGUGGUCCAUCUCCAUGGCAUUCCCACUGAGGUUCUCGGACUGGGGACCGCAGUUCAUCUCACAGGUUUGGAGGACAUUCUGUCAGGCUCUGGGGACUACCGUGAGCCUUUCCUCUGGCUACCACCCUCAGAUGAACGGGCAAACGGAGAGAGCCAACCAGGACCUGGGAGCGGCACUGCGAUGCAUGUCCGCUCGUAAUCCCUCCUCCUGGAGUAGACUCCUCGCCUGGGUUGAGUAUGCCCACAAUUCCCUUACCUGUGCCACCACCGGUCUGUCUCUCUAGGCUACCAACCCCCACUGUUCCAGGCCACCGAGGCAGAGGGCUCCAAUAUCUGGUGGACUGGGAAGGUUACGGUCCGGAAGAGCGGAGCUGGAUUUCCCCCCGGCUCAUCCUAGAUCCCUCCCUCAUCCAGGAUUUCCAUCGGGCCCACCCUGAGAAGCCUGUUUGCCGGUUCCAGCUCACCUUCCGCCGGCCUUCCUGUCCAGUCCAGUCCUGUCCAGCCCUGUGCCUGCUCCCUGUCGCUGUCCAGCCUGUGCCAGCUUCCGUCCAUCAUUCAAACCACACCUGCCUUGUCCCCCUGGUUCCCAGCCUGGUUUCCUGCACCUAGAAAAAUAAAUCACGUCUGGUUUCUCCCUGCAUUAUCUGUGUCUGCGUCUUGCGUUUGGAUCCACCUGUACUGCUCGCCGUAACAGUUUCGAAGACAAGCAAAAUGUUUUUAUAGAUCAAAACAUAGUUACUUAUCCUUACACUGAACUGCAUAGUACAAACUGCAUGAACCCCACCACCCCUACCUGAGGGACACUGCAGUCAAUUAUAAACAGG